AUGCCGUCACGGAAUGCCCUAUGGACGUGGAUAAAGCUCCUCGGGCUGGCACUGGCGGUGCUGGACCUCGCGUUCGUAACGGCUCAAUCGAACUCGCCGCAAACAUGCCCGCCGGGUAGCGACAUCAGCCCGUGCCUCUGCCAGGUGAAGAAGAACGGGCUGGACAUCCUGUGCGAGGCGACCGACGUGCAGCACAUCACCAAGGCGAUGAGCGCGCUCAAGGGCAAGAGUCCCAUCAUCUUCUACCUGAAGCUGCGCCACAACAACCUGCCCAAGCUGCAGGGCUUCGUGUUUCUGGCCCUCGACAUCCGGCACCUAACGAUCCACAACAGCAGUCUCGCCACCAUCGAGGAGACGUCGCUCAGCUCUUUGGGGCGCGGUCUAACCCAGCUCGAUGUGUCCCAAAAUCAACUGAUGACCGUACCGACGAGCGCCCUGAAGAACCUACACUACCUGCUGAUCCUGAACCUGAACCACAACCGCAUCUCGCAGAUCCACAACCGGGCGUUCGAGGGUCUCGACACGCUGGAGAUUCUCACCAUCUACGAGAACAAGCUGACGCUCAUCGAACCGGACGCGUUCCGUGGGCUGGAUAAGAAGUUGAAGCGGUUGAAUCUUGGCGGAAAUGACCUCACAGCCGUGCCGCAGAAGGCGCUCUCGAUGCUGGACAAUCUGCGGAAGCUGGAGCUUCAGGAGAAUCGCAUCAAGACGAUCAAGGAGGGUGACUUUGAAGGGCUGGAGAACCUUGAUUCGCUGAUUCUGGCGCACAAUCAGCUCACGGAAGUUCCGGCACGGGUGUUCUUCCAUCUCACGCUGCUCAACUCGCUCGAACUCGAAGGCAACUCCAUCUCGUACAUCGCGAAGGAGGCGUUUGAGGGGCUGGAAGAAAACCUUCAAUAUCUUCGCCUGGGGGACAAUAACCUGCACAUCAUUCCGAGUGAUGCCCUGCGUCCCCUGCACCGCCUGCGGCAUCUGGAUCUACGCUCCAACAACAUCUCCGUUAUUAGUGAGGAUGCUUUUGUGGGCUUCGGGGACUCGAUCACCUUUUUGAAUCUUCAGAAAAACGACAUCAAGGUCCUACCGGCACUCGUAUUCGAGAAUCUUAACUCCCUCGAGACGCUCAGCAUUCAGAACAACAAGCUGACCCGCAUUCCGGAGGAGGUGAUGGAGCCGAUUAUGGACUCGCUGCGUGUCGUUGAUAUUAUGGAUAAUCCGCUCGUUUGCUCCUGCGAGCUCGUCUGGUUCCCGAAUCUGCUGCGCGACCUGAAGAACCGGGACGACGAGAUGACGCAGAAGAAGCGCCCGAUGUGCACGAUGCCGAACGAGCACCGCGAGUACUACGUCCAGAACAUGCCCCUGGAGCGGAUGAACUGCGUCGGCAAGAAGUACCACACGUCGUCGCUCAGUGGCAACGGGGCGCCGUGCAAGGUGACGCUCAUGACGUCGCUGGUGUCGUUCGUGACCGGAACUGCACUGAUUGGCCACGGCCGGUUUCGCUAGUGUGGCGGACGAGGUGAGUGAGGGAGGGCGAGCGAAAGGGUGUGGGAAGAAGAAGAAGAAGAAGUGAGAGUUGAGUUGGAAGUUUGGUUUGUGACCAAACCUAAAGAAGAACUCCAACACCAUCACGCCGGUUAGAAGGUUGCCACUAGGAAGGCCCGUUGUUUGAGACCGGAGGCUUCGAGCUAGCGAAGCUAGCGCUAGGGUAAGAAAUAACGUUAAGAAAAACGCACGGAAAAAAUUAGGGGAGGAAAACAGGACAUGACUACAAAAGCACACGGCCAUCGGUUGUGCUGGGAAACGGGCAUGUUCGGCAUACGGAACGGAACAAAUACAAAUGUCACUUUAAUUUUCCACGCUUGCUUUGAUUUCCGAUGUCCGGUUUGACGCAUCCGGGAGGUUUUUGAUGGUUCGGAUCGAUGAAGCGUGCAGGUGCCGGAUGCUUUGACAUCCCUAAAUACUGCUACUCUACUCAGACAAUGGAGCACACAGAGCUUCUUAUUUUGUUCGGCAUAGAUGCGAAAUGGACGAACCACUUGCUCGCUUCGCACUUCCGAUCCCACGAUUUGCCGGAAAGCAAACAACAUACCGCCUACUGUGUCCUUCUGCCAUGGGGUACGAAGUUCAUUGACCGGAGUUUACUAACUGUCGCGAAAACGGAGCGAGAGGGAUAGGGAAAAGUUAGCGAUAGAGGAGAAAACAAAAAAAAACAUAAAAGAAUCACAUUACCAAAAAGUCUUUCAAUGAAGUAAACUAUACAUUCGUUUCCGGAACGCUUCCGGAAGGAAGGAAACUUCCGGAAAAGGGAAAAUGAUGUUAGCUUCCAAGAAACGGAGAGCAUUAUGUUGUUACAACAUUGUAAGUGUUCUUUUUUUUCACCCGCUGGAUGAUAGUAGGAUGAUUUGCCCCGUUUAUUUUUGCUUUCGCAACGCUGUUAGGAUGCUUUAGUUGCGGAAAAACCUAUUUCUCGCUUUGCAUUAGGUAAUCCCCUGUGGAACUAUUAGAUUAAAUCACCUGUAGCCUACAGUCGCAUCAUCGUAGCCAUUCAUCAUAAUCAUCGGGUAGACAACAGGAAAGUUGGCGAUGUGAAGAACCACAUUUUCGUCACUAUAUGGCUCGUGCAGCACACGGCCUUGCAAAAGAAUUUCCGGGUUCCGAAUGAAACGUGGACCGUUGUCUAGUGUCAGGUGCAGCAGUCCUCGUUUCGUGCCUGGAAAUUCCCCCUCUCAUCCAAUCUCCCAACGCAUCUCCCAUAAUGGUCAUUUGGGGUACGUUUUAUUUACAUGCCUCUUGGAGCACUCCUCCUUGAUUUACGUUUAGGCUGUAGCGUAGGAUAGGAGCCACGGGGCUCAGCUAAUCGAUACAUAUCCGCCGCACCUUUUCCAAGGGUUCGCUGGCAUUAUACGGCGCAAAGAUGAAUGUAUUUAAUCCUAUUUACAAUAAUACACAAACACACUCACAUAAAUACAAGGCAAACAGAACGAUUAAAUGAUAUUUGAAAAAGCUUUCUCUUCGGUGUCGUGUUUCGAUGCACCUGCAAAACAAAAAAAGCAAACGUUAUUUACAAACACAGAAUUCGGAUUUAACUAACCAAACAUAUCACUUGAAAGCAACUAUAUUUGCAUUAAAAUUAUAUGAUAUAUCAACAAUGACAUUUGAACAACUAUAUCACUGUAUUGUACGCGAAAAUUGUUACGCAAAAGAUAUAUAUUGCACAGGCAGGGCGGAAGAGUUAUUAAACGUUUCCCUGCUAUCCAACUAGGAUACAAACUCAAACAUAUCAAAUGAAUUAUAAAAGAAAAAAAACACAAAGGUCACAGUAUAAACGACCAUUCUUGACUAAAACUACUUUACUCUAGAUGUCUAUGUUUGAUGAAACAAGAAGAUUAAAAAUUCAAAAACAUAUCGAGAAAAAUGUGUCACAAAACAAAAGCAUAUGAAUAGCAUAAGAUACCGGUUUAGAUAAGCGUUUUCCAUUGUGAGGUCAAGUAGAAUGGCAAAUAUGUGUGACAGAAAGAAAAUGCUCCCCUGAUCGAGGCGUCUUUUACCAACAGGACGAUAGCGCGAAAAGCCCCUCACAAAAAAAAGAAACAAUCAUGUUAUUACAUUUUGAUACAUUUAUACAUAUACACGCGCCCGUUGGAGUGUUGACUUCGUUGGUCGCACUCGCAACAAUCAAGCAUGGUUUCUUCCAAAAUCUCAACAUAUCGUGAACCCAAGCAACAAAAAAAAACCAAAAGUACGGAAGGAAACAGUACCAGUUCCGUUUUGUCCCAUGCAUGAAUCACACUUGAGUUCCUUCUUCCACCCAAUUGUCAUCGAGAUAGCGGAACGCGAGCAAACGACGGUGUUAGUGUAUUGCACGAAACAUAAGGAAUGUAUAUCAAUCAUUCGGUUCGCUUGCCUUUGCCGUCCCCUGGAGGGCGAUGGUAAGGAUCUAGAUAAAAUUAACCGAUCGUAACAUAUCACUCACACGCCGCACGCGGGCAUGCCUACCGGUUUCCUCGGUUUGUGCAUUCCCGUGGCGUGUGCGACUGUCGGGAGGUGAAAAAUCAGGCAAACAUAUAUCCCUGUUACACUCUCUAGAAGCUAUGGAUUUUCAAAGAAAAACGCAUCCCAACCCAAAUUCCAGCCUUUUUGCGGGUAGAGAAAGCAAAAGUUUACAUGCCCAACUCCAACAUAUCCAAACACAUAUCAUUAGUGAAGUUAAGGCAGCAUCUAGCAGCAAGUAUACACCACUUCAACCACCACGAUUGUUUACGUUUUGGCCCUAUUUGGCAACGACAUCCUGGUGUACGUCUUUAAGCGUUAGGAGUCCCCCCGAUGAGAAGGUGAAAACCCACAAAUGUACCCAAACCAUCUAGGCAACGUCGGCAAUAGGCAUUGAGAAACAGCAAAAUAGAACUGUAAUUGUAAGUAAAUAGUUAAAGGUGCACAAUUAGCGCGCAAUGCAAAAUCGAUGCAAAACUGAUCAUUCUACUCAUAACGAGAAAAAUUCUACAAUUAAUGUCAUUUCCCAACUCUGGAUGGAAUAGCUUGAGCAAUGUUCUCACACAGUCACAUAUCACUCGUAUUGCCUUCACCAGUUUCGCUCAGUCAGUUGCAUACGAUGCGUUGUUAAAACCCCCGCAACCCGUGGAACCACUUUCCUACCACCGGCAGGAAAAGUGGGGAAAAACUAAGCAUGUGCUUGAUAUAUGCAUAAUAAUAUAAAGAUUCUGGAAAGUGACUGGAGGAUAUGUUCACUUUCAGCAAGCGACCAACACUGAAUGCAAUGGUAGUGUAUGGGACGUGUCCAAAAUGAUCGGACCUCGUCCCGAAAGGGGUUGAAUUAUUUUUCACCUCGGUGUGUGAACGGGAAAGGGGAAGGACGAGAAAGAAAUAUUAUUCCACAUAUAUACUAAACAUUUUAGCCUGUAAGCAAGUGGUGUUGGCGCUUCUACGAAGCGAACGACCUACGAACGGUGAAGGAUGAACCGAAAUUUACAUUAAUAUAACAUUUGUAUACACAGGCAAAACUUUCACAGAGACGCACUAGAUAUAUACACAUACAUAUAUUUUCAUACUUCCUUGUCCGUGGCAGGAGUACAACCAGGGUGGGGCGGGAAAAAGAAAUAUUGUCUCACGCGAGUGAGUCUUUCGGAUUGAAUGGGAUGGAAAUGGUUCACCCGGAUGGGGAUCAUCAGCUUUUGGCAAACAUAACAUUCCGGAUUGAGUGUUUUGCACUCUACUUGCUUUUAAAGUUUCAUUUUUCUCCAGAGAAGUGGCUCUAUCCACACCGCGCUUUAGAUCAUUCGUCAUCCAAUGACGGUAAUCUUUGACUUUUGCAACACCGUUUGUCAAUUUAAAAGUCUCCCUUUGCAUGCAUAUUCACCGUAAAUGUUUCCCUUUUGCGAUUGCGGGUAGGCAUAUAUGUGAACGUAUUUUUCAAUUUUCACCCCUUUGAAUCGGGAUGUUUGGAAACUUUUGCAAUAUCCGUUUAUACAUUAUCAAUUACCGGGUGGGGAGGAAAGAAAAACAAAACCCCACGAUGCGGGUGCACAGCAGUAGCAGUAACUCUUUUCUUACAAUACAUACAAACACAUACACACACGGUUCUACGAUUAGAUGUGCGUUUGCGUGUUUAUUAACCGCCAGUCUCACCCCAUCAUCAUGGUUCCAUCCAAUGCGAACGAUCCGAUGGCAGAAGGCAUUUUCUGCUCGCAAAUUGUAAUUUCAAUCAUUCUAUCGGUGUACUUGUUGCUCGCAACGCAGCGGCAGCUAACAUGAGAUGUAAUAAGCACUGUGUGUAACAACAAACUACAAACCCCGUUCUACUGUGUCGCUCCGGUGGGAGGCAUUUAAAAUGAAAAUUCUUUAAAAAUUAUCUGUGUGAGAAAACAAAAAAGAAAAUCAUCAUAGCAUAUAAGGAGCGCAGCGAAGAUAUGUUGAGAGCAGUUGGAAAACGAAAAUGGUGUAAACAUUAAAAAAAUACCAAAUUGAUACUACUAUAUCAAACACACAAAACAAACAAACAAACAAUACUCUAAUCGUUCGUUUAUUUACAAACAAAUGCAAAUGCUUGUUGUUGUUAAUGAAACGUUUCCCACGAUCACAAGAACGCUUGUCUUUACCAGAAACUACGUUGGAACGAUACAUAUAUCAUAAUUGAUGGUGAUUCCACAAAACACUCUACAAUUUACUUCAAACUUGUACAUGAGAAGGAAACAAAAAACAAACAGUUACGAAUGGCAAAACGCAUCAAAUAGAAUCAAGCAUGAAUAGCUUCUAGCAGUGAGAAAAAAUAGAUAAAAAAAACAGAACAUAGUCAACAACAAACAACACAACAACUGUAGCAUAGAAAGAAGGUAACGCUGGAACGAACAGUUCCGCUAAAUGUUUAGAUGCAACCGCACCACGUCAUGCAAUAGAUAUCACCUCUGUCGUACAGUAGCGUGUGCACCUCCGCCAGUGUGUCCACAAAGCCCAGCAAAUGUAGCCAAACAACUGGGAAGCGGUAGACCAUUCGGAUAAAGUACAGCCGCAAGAAUAGUAGCGUAAGCUAGCCCGACAACCGAAGGUCAGUUUUUCCCAGCGGAAAAACAUGAAACACCAUCCAGGCCAGGGGCGGCCCUCAGGCGGCUGUGUCUCCCGGUAUCUAGCUACAGGAGAUGCAAGGGGCGAUGAAAAUGGAGUUAUAUUUGUAUUUGCCGGUAGGAAAAGAAAGAAAGGCAGCGAGCAGCGUGAAACAUCUGGCGGCUUGCGCGGGAAAACAAGAGAACGGAAGCAAGAAAAAAAAGCAACCGAAUGCCUUCGAGCGAAGGAAGUGAUAACUGUUGAGGGAAGGACCGCGGCAAGAAGGCAGGAAAGAAUGGUAGAAAGGUUGGGAUGAAUUUUCCAAAACAGCGCGUGCUUGAAAUGCGUAUGAAAAGAGCGAACGAUGUACUGUCAUGUCAUAUUGGUGCAGAUGAUGAGAAUUGCUAAUGCGAUGCUAAAAUAAAGACAUUUCCCCGAUUCGAUUCGGAAGCCAACAGC